CUGGUCUCGCGCGCCGGCGGCGACCGAUGGAGCCCCUGGAGGCGGCCAUAGCGGUGAUCUUCAACGCGCUGCUGCUUGUGUUCAUGGUGAAGCUCUUCUUCGCCAUGUUCAACAUGAAGCUCGUCGUCAUCCUCUUCUACCUCGUCGUCGUCCUCUUCGCCAUGGCCUUCUCCGGCCGGGGGCCCAGCGGAUUCUAGCAUACCACCACCAAUAGGAAGGUUAGGUGUCUGAUGAUCUUUUUGUUUCGGUUCGGUUCUUGAGAGCCGGAUCGAUCGUGGAACCUGCUGUUUAGUGCUUCAUCUUUGGGGGGAAUAGAUCGUAUAUCUUGGUUUAACAGGGGAAAUUAAGCUGGUUCAGAUCCUGUAAACUUGGUGAAUUAAGAAAAUAUAUCUAUGAGCCGUGUAGAUGCAGAUU